AUGGUCUGGCAGUUUUUGGAAGCUCAGAAAAAAAAAAAACAAGAAGCAACGCUAAAUAAAUUAACAGAAGAUGUUAGUAAUUGUCGAGGUCAAGGAUAUGAUGGAGCUGCAAAUACGAGCGGUGUACAUGAAGAAGUAGCUGCAUUAUUACUCAAAAAACAAAAGAGAGCAUAUAUGUGCACUGUAAUGCGCACUGCUUGGAUUUAG